UUUGCAAGUUCACCGUUGUACUUCGUGGAGACUCCAUGGAUCGUGCUCCACCUCUACGCGAUUCGGGUACUUAUAGAUUCAACCUCGCGUACCCUUUCCUUAUUUCUCUCAACACACUCUUUCAUUGCUUCAAUUGGCAUGUCCGCUGUCUGGACUGUCCUCACGCUCGUUUUAUCCAUUUGCAGCCUCGUUAAAUCCCGCUCAUGGAGUUCACCGCACACAUAUCAAGGGAUGCCUUUAUAUGCAUAUAGUGAAGAAGGAUGGCCUCAGUAUUUCGAGGUCGUAGAUUCCCUACCUAACGUGACUUGGACUUCCCCUCGCUCUUUUGCUGGUAGCAUAUCUACAGAGACGCCAGAUAUGCCCAACAACACCCUCUUUUUCUGGGGAUUCGAAACAUUCAAUGGUUCUAUAACUUCAACGAACUCAAGUGAUCCUUGGGUGGUAUACCUUGCAGGAGGGCCAGGUUAUUCAUCCAUGGCUUCGGCCCUUGUGGAGAACAUUGGUCCAAACAUCAUGACUCCAAGUGGACUAGCCCGCAAUGAAUACAGUUGGCAUAACUUCACUGAUGUGUUCUUCGUCGACUCGCCUGUUGGUACCGGAUAUUCUACGUCAGGACUGGGAGGGGCUGCGGGAGACGAGGAGAGAGUUGCUUCAGAUUUCCUAGCUUUCCUUGAAAACCUGACGAAAGUGUUUCCUGGGCUUCAAACGCGACCACUCUACCUCUUGGGCGAAUCUUACGCAGGACGCUUCAUACCUUAUAUUCUCAAGGCCUACUUCGGACUCGAUGCCUCUCGCCGUAGUGUGCAAUUCCGCAAAGCUGGCUGCUCCUCCCCUGCCUUGUUGGACGCCUCUGUUUUCGAGAACAUCCCGAUUUUGCAAGUAGUGGAGACGUACCCUCAGUUGAUUGGGUAUGAUACAAGCUUCUAUGACUACAUCCGCGAGCAGAAUCAUCUGUGCGGGCAUGACUUGAAUCUCACCUAUCCGCAACUGGGAGGCAAGUUUCCUUCAAUCGAAGUGAAGUACGGGAGCAUCGGAGAUCGGGUGCCCGGACUGAGUCGAAGGGACUCAGACUUGAUCGGAGGUAGCAACCGGAAUGUGCCACCCAAGAAUUUCAACUCGCCGUGGAGUAAGCGGGCUAGGUCGCAAUCCCGUCGCCAAAGUGACUCUCCUGGCUUCAACACAACGCUAACGGAGAAGAUCAACGAUUAUUAUGGGUGCGAUAUCAGAGAUAUGGUGUUUGAAUACACAUUAAAUUACACUUACCCGUGGUCAGAACUCAAGGAUGCAAGCUACUUUGAUAUCACCGACAUUCCAUACGUAAACAGUCCCCGGGCAGGGUUUGUGCGACCCCAGCACUGGAUGAAUGAUAAUACUACACGCAGUGCUAUCCACGCUCCUCAUAACAAAGUCUGGGACUCGUACAUACGUUACGAGUGGGAAAAUCCUGAGGGCAUUGACUCGAGCUCUCCAUCCAUUGAUUUCAUGGAUGAGCUUAUGGCCAAUGCAACAGCGGAGAAUAUCGGGAUUUUGUGGUUUUCCGGAAACGAUGAUGCACUAAGUGCACAUUUCAGCUUGGAAGUCGCGAUACAGAACACGACCUGGGAUGGCAUCCAAGGGUUUACACAACGUCCAAACACGACCUGGUACGACGACAAUGGGAUACCUAGCGGAAUCGUCCACGAAGAACGAGGGCUUAUGUAUGCAUUGGUAUAUGGGGCAGGCCAUCAAAUCAAUACCGUCCAUCCUGAGCGUGUUUUUGCGUUCAUUCGUGACUUCUUCGUUGGCGAUAUGUACACCGGACUAGUCAAUGCCACUGCAAAGGACACAACUACAUCCAAUGACCCAGGAGCUUUACCAGAUGGUGUUGUUCCAGGUCAGCGGGAGAUAUACUAUGGCUCUAAAACUGUUACCUGGCCCGAAGCCACUAUUACUGCAUUUAAUAACCACCUACUCAGCACAAUGUUGGACUAGACCAACAAAUAGAAUUAGAUGAACCGUGCUAUAGAGUCUAACUGUUACAUACUACCUACUUUACUUUGUAAUGUACAUACCCGGACAUACUUAUUGGACCAGGACAUACUAUCCAGUAGAACGGCUUGCACAAUACUUAUUGAUGCUUUCAGAACG